AGUCUCAAUAACCAUCCAUGAUUGGGCUGUUUAUAUCAUAAUGUUCCUAGCUAGACUCUGUUUGGUUCAUGAGGAAAAUAAAACAUGAAAAUUGUGGCGGUUAUUUCAGUUAAAGGCCUAGAUUUAAUAAGAAACUAGAAGCACAUAAUUAACUCCGUAAACGACUCCCAAAAUAUUAAGGAAAACCACCAAUCCUCGAUUAUGUUGGCACUUAAAUUCCCGUCUCAUGACACCCUCAAAUCCGAUUCCUAGUUUCUCCUUCACACAAAAUUAAAGAAGAGCACAGACAGUACUACUAUUUUGGUAGUUUGAGAAUCAUAAUCUAAGAACGUACGUACGUACAUUGCUUUACUUUGUUUAGGAGGAUCGAGAAAAAUGUCCACACACGACAAUACAGUUUCAAAGAUGGAAGUAGGGGAGAGUUCUUCAACAAGCAAUCGAAACUCGGGGGGGCUGUGCUCUUCGUCCCAGGUUGUUCAGCUCGUUCAAAAGGUGAUUGCUGAAGUCAUAGGGACAUAUUUCUUGAUAUUUUCUGGGUGUGGUUCGGUUGCUGUGAAUAAGAUAUACGGGUCAGUAUCAUUUCCCGGGAUUUGUGUAGUUUGGGGUUUGAUUGUCAUGGUCAUGGUUUAUUCCGUCGGUCACAUUUCCGGCGCCCACUUUAACCCGGCGGUGACUAUCACUUUUGCUAUCUUUAGACAAUUCCCUAUCAAACAGGUUCCUCUGUAUGUAGCUGCGCAGAUAUUAGGUUCAGUUCUUGGUAGUGCAACGUUAUGUGCCCUUUUCCCUAUAGACAAAAAGUCUUUCUUUGGGACGGUGCCUGUUGGAUCCAAUUUGCAAUCUCUUCUUGUGGAAAUCAUCAUCUCCUUUCUUUUGAUGUUUGUUAUUUCAGGCGUUUCCACAGAUAAUAGAGCAAUUGGAGAGUUGGCUGGAAUUGCUGUAGGAAUGACAAUAACCUUAAACGUCUUUGUUGCUGGGCCAGUAUCUGGGGCAUCUAUGAACCCUGCAAGGAGCGUAGGGCCAGCUCUUCUGGUGCACAUAUACAAGGGACUCUGGGUAUAUAUUCUAGGGCCAUUGGUAGGGACCAUACUUGGUGGUUUGGCCUACAAUAUGAUUAGACUCACUGAUAAACCAGUGAGGGAGUUAACAAAGAGUGGAUCUUUUCUCAGAAGCAUAUCCAGAAAAUAGUGUGCAUGGUUUAAUCAUCAUUGAUGAUCUGCAGUGCUUAGAACCUUGUCAAUGCUGUCAGCGAGUGGCAGCUUAUAAUUACUAGGUUAAUUAGAGGAGGAAAAGAUUAAAAAAAAUACCUACAUUUCCUUUUUAUUUAGUUGAUCAUUAUGAACAAAAUUAAAACACAGAAGUAGGUUUCCUUUUUAUUACAUGCAAAUCUUAGGACCCAUGAGGUGUAUCAUGUAUGUAACAGUACUCUGUUAAAAAGUUUCAAGUAAUGAGAAGAAACAAAUAAUUUAGCUAUUUAAA